CCCAUAUUUUAUUUCAGACCAUAUUAUCAACUUGUAUAUGGCUGUACCCUAAGCUUCUCCUCUUCAUACAUCAAUACCCCACUUCACUUUCACUGUUGUUUCUCUCACUCCUGUUUUUUUUCUCUUUCUCUCUCCAAUAAGUUUCAGGAGGUGGACCCUAGCUGUGAAAUUUCACUAGGUUUGCAUGAAUUGAGCUCUUGUUUAGGGUUUUUGAUAAAAGUAACUUGUAUUCACAGUAAUGGACAAAGAAGAGAACUACUCGGCUGCCUUACCGGGAAAUUUCCCAGAACUAGACUAUUCCAUUGAUCAUCAUCAACAUCAACAUCAACAUCUCAUGAUGAAGCCAAGGAUAGGUGAAACAUCGGGCGAUAAUAGCAAUCAAAUGGUUGAUUACAUGCUUAACAAUCCUCAACCACAACACAUGCCUUCUGGGUUCUGCAGCUCAACUUCUCCCGAUAAGUUAAGCUUUGCCGAUGUGAUGCAAUUUGCAGAUUUUGGGCCAAAGUUGGGCUUAAAUCAAACCAAGAUUUCUGAAGAAGAAACUGCGAUCGAUCCUGUUUAUUUCUUGAAGUUUCCUGUUUUGAAUGACAAGUUGCAAGAUGAUGAGCCUCUGAUGAUUCCUCAAGAUGUUGAAGACAAUGAAGAUAGGUUUAAAGGAUUGAGUGUUGAAAGUAGCAAGGCAAGAGAGAUAGAACAAGAAGGUGAGAGAGAAGAUGAAGAAGCUAGGGGUUCGGAGAAUGCAUCGGUGGAGCUUAGAUUUCUAGGGGAAAACCUUCGAAAGAGCCCGGUAACUGAAGUGAUGAAGAACAAGAGAAAGAGGCCAAGAACUAUCAAGACAAGCGAGGAAGUUGAGAGCCAAAGGAUGACUCACAUCGCGGUGGAGAGAAAUAGGAGGAAGCAAAUGAACGAGCAUCUUCGCGUUUUGAGGUCUCUCAUGCCCGGUUCAUACGUCCAAAGGGGGGAUCAAGCAUCCAUUAUUGGAGGAGCAAUUGAGUUUGUGAGAGAGCUAGAGCAGCUCCUCCAAUGCCUUGAAUCACAGAAGAGGAGGAGACUCUAUGGAGAUCCACCACCGCGGCCACCAACGGGAGACUCCUCCUCUCUUGCAAUCCCACAACCUCAACCACCACUCUAUCCUCCAGUUUCAAUCCCAAAUGAUCAGCUUAAGCUCAUGGAAUUUGAGAGCGGACUCCAGGAGGAGAUAGCGGAGAGCAAGUCGUGCUUGGCAGAUGUGGAAGUGAAGAUGCUAGGGUUUGAUGCCAUGAUCAAGAUCCUCUCAAGAAGAAGGCCAGGCCAGCUCAUAAAAACCAUAGCUGCACUUGAAGAUUUGCAGCUUAAUAUCCUCCACACCAACAUAACCACUAUUGAACAAACUGUGCUCUAUUCUUUCAAUGUCAAGGUUGGUAGUGAAGCGAGGUUCACAGCGGAGGACAUAGCGAGUUCAGUUCAACAGAUAUUCAGUUUUAUCCAUGCAAACAGCACCACCAUAUGAUGCAAUCUGCUUCUUGAAAUGCAAUUUAUGUAUUCUUCUUCUGCAGAUUCUUUCCUUGGAUCUGAUCAGUACUUGUUCUUUGUGGGUUCUUUUUUUGGUUUCUCUGUAAAACCAAAUAGUUACAGCUCUAGUAAGAAACUGAUUUUAAUGAUCAUGAACUACUCAUUUGUACUCUCUCUCUUCUCUCUCUCACUCUCUGAUGUUGGGGACAAGAUCUGCAAUGGUGUUUGAUUGAAUUAAAAUGAAUUUGACAGUAUAUUAAAGUCAACGAGCACUGUACCUAGUUGGCAGGGGUUGACCUGUCAGAACUCAAAUGGGUUGGUGGUAUUAGGCUGCAGUGAGAUGUUGCCAUGCUGGGAGGGUCCCUGUUAGUCCUCUGAGCUUUGGGAAGGUUCAAUAUCAUACACACCCUUCCUGUUCUUUCUUUGCUUCAACUCAAUCACUCUUCUUGGUCUU